CGGCGCGCACUCCUUUAGGCAGCUUAUGGAAGUGUCGGCGGUAUUGAAGGAACUGACAGUAAAUAUCCCAGAACCGGAGAUUUCGACACUUGCCGAAGCCGUGAUGAGAAGCAAGGCGCUGACUACAUUGGAGGUGGAACUGCGCCGCUAUUCUCCUGCCCCCUUGUUCUCUGCGCUCGAGAAAAACGCGAUGCUUAAGGAACUGCAUGUACUAUUCGCCGACAUAAAGCCACACUGCGAACUAACAUUGGCAUCUGCUCUCCGGAAGAACGCCUCCCUCCAGCAGCUGGAGCUUUAUGAUUUUGAAACCGAGUGCACCUUAACGAACUUUGCGGAAGCACUUUGUCAAAACACCUCCCUUCAACGUGUAGAGCUGAUCAGUAUCUCACUACGGAUGAGAGAAAUCUCACUGUGCUGUGAUGCACUUGAGAGGAACAAGACGCUGAAGGAGUUGAGAAUUACUCCAAAUUGUGCACUGAUUACGACGGAAGAAAGGGCGGCCUUAGCCGAGCAGCUGACCAGGAACGGAAGCUACAGCCGUAUCCAACUUCCUUGGGUGGAGGCUGACGUCCCAGGCUUAUCGGUGGCUUUGCUUUCUCCUUCCACGUGUCCCCAAGAGCUCCACCUGAACCAAUUCACGCACUUUUCAGAAGCCACCGUGAGCUCACUUUGCGAAACCGUUACGCAAAGCUACGUUCGUUGUCUUCAUCUUUCCCUCGGAGUGCACAUCGACACAAAAAUUGGCGCACCGAUUUGCGAAAUGCUCAAGUGCAGUCGGCGCCUUCUGUACCUGCGGCUUGAGUGUCCUCAGCCGCUUGCCCAAGAUGCCUUACGUGCUCUCGCUGAAAACCAGUGCCUCGACGGUCUGUAUAUUCAAAUCUACGGGAAAAUGACGAACGACAGCGCGGAGGCCAUUGCGUUCUUCCUGACUCGAAACGAGACGGUGACUCGCAUGGACCUAUCUCGCAAUCGGUGUGUUUCCCGGUUCCAGAUGGAGGAGAUUUAUCGCGGCAUGUCGAACAACAGGCGAAUCACGGACUACGUCUUACCUUUCGAUUUCCGUUCCGACUGCGACGUAAGUUUCGAUGUCCUUGAAAAGCUGCGAAAGAACCGCAGCACGCUAUACCGCGCCGUAGAGUUUGCAAAGCUCCCAGUACUGGACAAGCAGUCUGCCGAGGCCUUCGAGCUCUUCAUUAAAAACCCAGGUUUCCACCGCGAACUAAGCGAGGUCAUCGGUAGGACGGAGGCAGAGGUGCUGCCGUUGUUGAAGUCUGCCCAGCAUUACUUGCGCGACAACUACUUUGUCAUCACUGGCGUCGUUCAGCAGGACGUUCUCGAGUGUCACCCUGCAGGAGUCACCCAGGCGGACGCCCUCAACAAGGACUGCUGGCGAGCGGUUGUGCGUUAUCUAAACGUCAGUGAUGUUGUCGCGCCCCAUGCCUGACUUCUCCGCUGCAAACGAAGAUGCUUUCCGUAACUCGUGCAAUAAAGGUUGGCUGCAGUA